AUGUCCGCGUCGUCACAGAGCAUGGCUGCUGCUGCCGCUGCUGCUGUCGCUGCUGCAGAGGCGGCGGGUGCUGUGAUGGGGGGUGGUGGGGGGGGGAAUGGGGAGGCGAGGUUGGAUGGAGAUGCAGCUGGGGAAGGCCAGUCUCUCCCACCGGCAGCGAGGCGGGAUGCGCGGAACUUGAUGCAGUUUGGGGAGGAAGCGGUGGGGGAGGGAGAGGAGGGGGUGGAUGGGGGUGAGGGGACGGGGCAAGACCUGGAUUACAAACGCCACAAGCCACUCGUUAACUCCAUGUACAUUCGGGUGGUGUAUCGCUGCUCAUACCGUCCUGAGACCGGCAACAGGUGUCCAGCAGUGAGGGUGGUGGAUAUCCACCGCGCCAAUGCCUCCUCGCUGCAGCUCACCUACACGCGCCCCCACUGCCACCCCCAGCCCGUCCGCAUUCGCCUCACUCGCCGCCCCGCCACCCCCCGCUCCUCCACCCCCCCCUCCGCCAGCCCCCCCUCCGCCACCCCCCCCUCCGUCAACCCCCCUUCCGCCAGCACCCGCUCCGCUACUCCCCCCUCCGCCCCCCCCCGCGCCACAACCCCCCGCUCGUGCUCCCUCCCUGCUGGCAGGCGCAAGGGGGAGGGGGGCGGACGUGGGGAAGGCAGGGGAGGGGCUGGGGAGGGGGGAGGAGAGGGGGAAGGGGGAAGAUCUGGGGAAAAAGGGGUGGGGGGCGGGGCGGAAGCGGAAGUGGGGACGCUGGGGAAGAGGGAGGGCGGAGGAGGGGGGAGGAGUAGUGGGAAGGGAGGGGGACGGGGAGAGGGGUCAGUAGGGGGGAGUGUGGGGGGGGAGCAAGGCAGAAGGAAUGAUGGUGCGGGCGCGGGUGUGGAGUGGAAUGGUGCAGCGAUGGGGGGAGUGGCUGGGAUGGUGGGCGCAGACGGUAUGGGUGGAGGGGAUGGGGGGGUGGGAGCGAACGGGAGGGGCAGAACAGAAGGGGUGAUGGGAGGAGAAGGGAUGGUGGGAGCAGGGGCGGCUGUGAAGGGUUACCCUGGCUUGAUUGCUCGUAGUGGUGGCGCUGGUGAGGUUGGUGGUGGUGAGGUUGGUGGUGGUGGGGGAGGUGGUGGUGGGGGAGGUGGUGGUGGUGGGGGAGGUGGUGGUGGUGGGGGAGGUGGUGGUGGUGGGGCGCUGGGUGACGCUAGGGUGUUGCCUGCGCCUGGAGUGUCUUGCACUCCUGACAAGCUAGGCCCAGGCCCUCCGCUCAAGCGAGCAAAGCUCUCAACACCUGCGAAUCUCGCUGCACCACUGCAUCCGGCUUUGAAUGCGCUGACCCGCACAGUGUCAGGGCAGGACCAGUCGUGGGGGGGAAUGAUGGGGAUGGGGGCGGUGGGACACAUGGAGCGAGGAGGCCUGAUGGGGGCUGUAGGGGCGAUGGAGUGGGGUGGUGAAGGAGGGGGCAAAGGAGGGGUGAUGGUGGAGGGAAGAAGUGGGGCAGGUGGAGGGAUGGGAGGACGGCUGGGUGGAGAGCUGGGUGGAGGGACAGGAGGGACAGGAGGAGGAGCAGGUGGAGGGACAGGAGGGAUGGGAGGAGGGGCAGAAAGAGGGAUAGGAGGAGGGAUGGGAGGAGGGAUGGGAGGAAGCAAAGGAGGAAGGGGGGAGAGGGUGGGGGCAGGAGGAGCAUGGCGAGUGGAAGGAGGGUUGACUCGAGCGUUUCGGGAGGCAGAGGCUGGGAAGGGUGGGGCCACGGGAAGGUAUGGUGGUAGAUGA